GAGCCCUCAUUAGCCUUGAAUCUGCGAAGCAGCAGCACCGCUUGGUUCCCCCGUCUCCGCUCUCUUCCCGGGUCGAAAAAAAAAAAAAAAGGGUGGUGGGGGGUGGAAUGCGUCCAGAUCCAGGCUGCUGCAUACAUCAUCUAGACCACGCGCAUCAAGCGUCCAAGUCGGUACCGCAAAGCAAAGAACCUCCUUUAUUGGAUCUCCAACUGAGGUGAAAAGCACGCCCUGUCCUGGGGCACGUGACCUUGUGGACUGUGGAUAUCUCUGGCUGCUAAAGAACAAAGAAAAGUUUCAGCGGAGGGGGGAGAGCAUUCCUUGUCUCCCCACCUCAGAGAAGGCGAAUGUCUGGUUUUAGUAGCUGAACUGGUAGGAAUGAUGAUCGAGAGAGGAUGUGUACCAGCAGCCAGAUCAUCGGGAGCCUCCUGGUGCUAUCCAUGCUGGAGAUAGGGCUGGGAGUCUCUAGCGUGGCAGUAGGGGCAGUCAGCUUCAGCUUCGUUCUUGCGGGUUCUGAGCGUUCAACUCAGCUGGGAGACUCUUCUCCGGUAUGGAGCGGGGUGUGUUUUUUGCUUUGUGGAGUAUGCGGAAUAUUUUGUGCCAAAAAAAAGUCAGGACUUAUUAUGAUACUUUUCUCUGCUUGCUGUAUCUGUGGGCUAAUUGGAGGAAUAUUAAACUUCCAGUUUCUUCGAGCUCUAACAAAGAAAUCCUCAGCUCUCUAUCCAUUGCACCUUACCUCCAUGUCUCUUGCAUGCAUUGGAAUUGGUGGCUGUACUCUUUCUUCAUGGCUAACUUGCCGACUAGCCAGCUAUGAACAAAGAAGAAUGUUUUCAGAAAGAGAACAUUCAUUACAUCAUUCUCACGAAAUGGCUGAAAAAAGAUUAAGGGGUAUUGAAAUAAUCGAACUGCCCAGCUGCCCAGUGAUACCCCCAACACCAGAAUUACUUCCAAGCAGACAGGUGUCUACAUCAUCACACCCCCACCUCAAUCAACAUUACCUAGCACCUUAUCUGGAAAUCCCAGCUGAGUCCAAGGAAAUGACAGAUAACAUAUGUAACGGAGGACCACAUCUAAUUAAUAAUGGAGGAACAUACUGAAAUAUUUACAAUAUUUAAAGAACAACUAUGUUUAUGAUUUUCUUCAAGAGAAAAUACAGAAGCCAAUAGCUUGGAGAUAAGGUCCUAAAACAUUAUGGCUCUAAGUUGCAAUAAUUUUACAACUUCAAAACAACAACAGCACAGUCACAUUUUCUUUCAGAGAUUUGCUUUGAUUCCCAUUAACUGAAGAUACAUAAUUGCACAUUUUGAAGAUAAGUAUUAUCACAUUUGAUUUCUUUUGUCUGAGUAUUUAUAAUGGUGUGAUAAUAUAUGAAACAGACUUUUCAGAUUUUACUCAGAUUUUUUUAGGAAUUACAUUUUGGUUUGAAAAAAAAUCCCACUGCUAUAAAAAUAAGGGGGUUUAAAUAUUGAAUUGCACACCAACAUGAAAAGAAUUUGGACAUGAAAAUGUUGUCUUUCCUAUGUAAAGUAUAAUGAAUGAAUUAUGAGCAUGUUGCUCUCCACACUGCUGUCUAAGUUUUGAAAAAUGGGAAAUUUUAAGGAUGCUAUGAGGUCAAACAAUGCUUUGCUAUAAAAAAAUCAUUUUUUCCAAUUUAUGAGGUAUAUUUCCUAAUUUGUUCAUAAAGAUGUGAAAUAAAAUGAAACAUAGGAAUGGGAUUAUUUUUUUUAAUCAUCCUAACAAUUUUUACAAUGAUCCACAAAUCCAAGUGAGAAACAAGGGUGAGUUGUAAUUCUCAAACACGUUUAAGGCAAGUAUUCAGAAAACUUUCAGAUCUUGUUUAUUUAACCACAGUUCAUAUAUUAUUGUUGCUUUACUGUAUUUGCAUCUCUUAGCAGAUGAAAGUUUGUCACCUAUAUAAUGCAUUAAAAAUAAAUAUAAUAUAGUCUAUUAUUAUUAUAUAAUCAUAAUACUAAUAGCACUAUAAAGUAUUAUUCCUUCUCCCAUAAUCCACUGAGAUACCCACCAAUCACAGUCAUACAAAAGUAUUGAACUUUUUAAUCUACAUAUGUUCUUAUAAAUAUAUACAAUUCAAAUAAUUUUUCUUCUUUUAAUAUCUAACAUGCAUACAUACAUUGCAUUAAGAAAUAAUAUAAGAAGUAAAUAUGUCUUUACAUAAAUAACUAGAUAUAUUUACCUUACAAACACUGAUGACACAAAUAUUCAGAAGAAGGAUGAUAUAAACUUUGAACCUCAACUCAAUGGUAAGACUGUUCAAGAUGCCAACUAAGAAACUAUCAACAGUAAUUAUGAAGCUAUGAAAUGCUUGUCAAAGAUGACACACCACAACAUUUUGGGUGACACUUCAGCAUCUACCAACAAUAUCCAACAACUACUCUUGAAAACAUGCUCUAUUCUCAUGUGAUUUUUGGUGGUUGUAGAAGCGCUUGAGGAUGAGUUGUGCUCUUAAGUGGCCUCUGAGUUCUCUGGAAGUCAUUUUUAUGUAGCCUCUAGAGCCUCUGAAAAUCAAAUGAGAAUGUGCAUGCUUUUGCAGUUUUCAGAGGCCGCACAAUGUUCUAAAUUAGAAAAAUCCUCCAUAUUUCUCAUAGGCGAUUGCUCCAGAAUCCAAGCCCGGCCUCCAUGCCCCAAACUGCAAAGAUCCAGGAUUUCUUCCAUUUUUCUGCUGGUUGGGUCGGACGUCAUCCAGUUUUAUGGAGUUCUGUCAUCCUUCCAGCUUAGUUACUGCAGAGGCUUCCUAUCCCAGCAUCACUUCUGCUACAUUGGGGAACAAUUGUCCUAUAAACAAUGCCUGGAAUACUUGAAAUUGCUUAUGGAGAGAAGAUGAUCUGACCUACAUGCAGUUUGUGAAUUGCAGUGGCAUGAUAGCUGUUACUGUUGGGGACACACAAAUCUUACUAUGUAUAUGUCUGUAGAAGCAGGAUAAGGGCCAAGGACAAUAAACUUAGUAUAAUGAAAUUACUUUUUCAGACAUUGCUGCCAAGUUCAUAGAAUAUAGAUAAGUAGGCAAAGAACUUUGUAAUUCAUCUGGGUUUAGCAUAGAGACUUUUGGAAAUGCUAAAUUAGAAGCUGCCAAAAAUAAUGUUCAUGUGACACUCUUUCAUUAAAUUUAGAUGUGUCAGUGUUUCAUACAUAUAUUGUUGGAAUUGUAUUGAGUAGCUUCCCCAUGUCUAGAAACAUAAUAUUAUCUUCUCCUUUAUUAGAAAUACUAAGCAUAUUUUAGUGACAUAGUAAGUAUAAUCUAAACUGUGAUGAUAAAGGGAAGCAAGAAAACCAACUAACCAAGUUCCUUGUUUUCAUUUCCCCUUCAAUGGUCUCUAUGCUUGCUACUGUUUUUCCAACUUGCAUCAACUGCAAUAUGCCCUUAUCAUUUGUUGAUAUCUUCUAUAGACUUUCUCCAUUUCUUAUCAGUAAGGCAUGAAGUGAAAACAGGAAUAGAUCUCACGCAAUUUCUUCUCCAUAUCGGUCAUGCUUUAAUUAAAGAAAGAGUAAGCAAUCUCUUUGCUGCAGAACAAGUUGCCUCUUUUUCUAUAUGUAGCUUUUUGUGAUGCAUGCCUUUUCAUAUGCAACCAAAUAAACACAUCUUUAUACAUUUUUGGAACUGACUACAUUGGGCAUUUACCUGAAUUUUGCAAUCUGAGCAAUACAUUUAAAAAUAAUUUGAUUUAUUGAUCAAAUAAAUUCCUUCUCUCACUUUAGAUUUUUUUAAAAAAUCAAAGGAUUAAGUUAAACCACAAAUGUUUUGUUUAUAUAC